AUCGUGGCAUAGAAAACGACAUUGCCCUGGUAUUUAUUAGACGCGAGGCUAAGAAAUCAGGAAUCAAGUUCAACGAAUUUGUUCAACCCGUCUGUCUGCCUGCAACAACAGACAAUCUGGGUAAAGUAAGGGAUCUCAUUGCAUCUGGAAUUGGAUACACAGGAGACGACAAGGAUGACUCUCAACCACGAACGCUGAAAAUAAUGAAUGGAUCACCGAUAGACUGUGUGUAUCAAAACACUGUAUUUAAGAAAAGUGAAGUAUUUUGUCUUAACGACACUCAACAGGCAUAUAUUUGCAUUGGCGAUGCUGGUGGUCCCGUCGUUCACAAAACAGGAG